AUGUCGUCCAUGCCGAGGAGCGUGGCCCUGGUGGGCGUGGGUGCGGCCCUCAUGGCCUGCACGGCCUUCGUAGCCCCCAGCGCCGGGCAGAACCGACUGCGCGCACGAGUCCAGCCGCAGGCGGACUUCGGCGCGUCUGCGCCAUCAGCGGGUGCCUCGGGGCUUUGGACGGCCUGCUCCAUGGGCGGUGUGUUGUUGGCCGUCGGUGCGGCCGUGACGCGCAGGGCGGAGAGCAAGGAGAUCGAGCAGGCCAAGUUCGAGAUGCCCACUGGUGGCUACGCCAUCAUGAACAAGGGCGAGAACCUGUGCUACUUCAGGAAGAAGGAGCAGUGCAUCGCUCUGGGCAAGCAGCUGCGCAAGAUGAAGAUCGAGAACUACAAGAUCUACCGCCUCAAGAAGGAUGGCACCGUGAUCUUCAUGCACCCUGCGGACGGCGUCUUCCCCGAGAAGGUGAACAAGGGACGCAGGCAGGUCAACGGCCGUCCUUUCACCAUCUGCAGCAACCCGCAGCAGUCUGAGCUGAAGUUCACCAAGUACAAGGAGAAGGCCCGUGUGAUGGCCUUCGCGGACAUUCCCAACUUGUUCGCGCUGCCCCAGCCCAACAUGGACGAGCUCGUGCCUGUCGAGGAGGCGGAGAAGUACUCUCGCCAGGAGUACACCACCAAGAUGAUGGAGGCGCUGAAGCGAGUCCAGGAGGACCGUGCUGCGAAGGAAGCCAAGAGUCUCU